CUUGUAGCUUCGUUGUUACGAGAUAUUACCCGUAGUGUUAAUACGGAACCUGGAUCUGGGCCACGGUUUAGUUUAAGAUUCUCCAAAACAACACUUCUUAUAUCUGAAGUUUUUUCCAAACCGAAAGCCCGUCAUGCCCAUGAAAUCGGACCUAGAGUACGAAAUAUAUAUUGCCUUGCGUAUCUGAGAGAUAUGCCGGCGUAUCCAGCUAACAUCUAUCGGCACCACGUUCUUCACGGCAAAUGUAGGACUAUGCUAGGGAAAGAAGUGGCACCAACUUCACGAAAUAAAAUUCUAACAUCUUCGGCUGUUUAGAUAAAGGUAGACUCCUUAGAGCUGACCAGAAGAACUGGGCUUCAUGCUCUCUUAUACUGGUUCAGGUCGACCUUUGAGUUCGCG